UCGCUGUGCUUCGUUCUUGCAGCAAGACCAGGGUGAAAAGGAGAACCCGAUGCGGGAGCUUCGCAUCCGCAAGCUCUGCCUCAACAUCUGCGUGGGGGAGAGUGGAGACAGGCUGACGCGGGCGGCCAAGGUGCUGGAGCAGCUCACCGGUCAGACCCCUGUGUUCUCCAAAGCUAGAUACACAGUGAGAUCCUUUGGCAUCAGGCGAAAUGAAAAGAUAGCCGUCCAUUGCACAGUCCGGGGAGCGAAGGCAGAAGAAAUCCUGGAGAAAGGUCUAAAGGUGCGAGAAUAUGAAUUAAGGAAAAACAACUUCUCAGACACUGGAAACUUUGGCUUUGGGAUCCAGGAACAUAUCGAUCUGGGAAUCAAAUACGACCCAAGCAUUGGUAUCUAUGGCCUGGACUUCUAUGUGGUGCUGGGUAGGCCAGGUUUCAGCAUCGCAGACAAGAAGCGCAGAACAGGCUGCAUUGGGGCCAAACACAGAAUCAGCAAAGAGGAAGCCAUGCGCUGGUUCCAACAGAAGUAUGAUGGGAUCAUCCUUCCUGGCAAAUAAAUUCCUGUUUUUAUUCAAAAGAUCAAUAAAAGGUUUUAAGUGAAAUAUA